UCGCAUUCAUAAUUGGUGGACAUUUCUUUGCUCUUUGACGUACUUAUUGAUAUUAUUUUUAAUGAUAUUGAGAACAUUUUCGUUAGUGUUAAUAAUAAAGAUUGGUUUAACGAAGAUAUAGUAGCUUCGAAAUAUUAAAGUGCAACGGUAUUACAAUUUUGUAAAAGUGAUAGUUAUAUCAAAGAACAAUAAGGUGUUUUAUUUGAAUCGUGCUUUUUCAAAUGCAGUAAUGAAAAGAUAUAAAGCAACAGUUAUACUCAAUCGGUAAUGAAAAAUGGGACGUGAUUUUACUUUACUUUUUUGGUUAAUAUACAUUUCCUUUCGCGUCACCGAUGGGUGUCAGUUGCAAGGCAUCACCCCAGGCCUCACACGGGUACCUGUAAACAUAUUUGAUGUCGACCGAGGAGAUAUAUAUAGCAAUCAAGUAAUCAGCAUUACAGGAGUCAUUGACAUCGUACAGAGUGGCUUAAACUCGGGGCCGUAUAUAAGUGGUCACAUUUCGGAAACAACAUUCUAUUUAACAACAUCCGCUAACUACGAACAAUAUGAAGAACUGGAAACAUUGGAUACUUUUACUUUGACCGCGCAAUUCCGUUGUUCAGACGGAAGUGCUAUUACGCAAGUUUUCCAAAUAAAUGUCCAAGAUACAAAUAAUAACAGUCCAGUUUUCCUGCCAUCCAACGAAUAUGACAUCGCAAUUGCAACACCCCUCCUUCCCGGACACCAGAUAACUGGGUGCCAACACAACAUUGUAGUGAGGGACAUAGAUCUCACAACUUAUAGAAUAGAUUUUGCACUGACUGGAAGCGAUCUAUUCGAAAUUGAAUAUGAUGAAGCAUCCUCAACUAAUGCAAAGGAAUUCGUAGCCAUUUUAAGGACAAGUACAUUUAUAAGGACACUACCUGAACCUGUUGAGCUGACUAUUAGCGCUACAGAUGUUGAUAGAACUGGAGAUGAUCCGAGAACGUCUUACGCUACCGUUAGAAUAACCGCUGAUAGCGAUGCUGAAUUUCCUGAAGAACCCGUUUUUUAUCAACCCUUGUAUACAGCAACGUACACAGAAGAGCACACGAUAAUACUUGAUGAAUCCAUUUCACUACAGCAAGGUUAUCACGAGCUUGUUGACUUUACUUUGAAUGAAGAAUACAGUUCUUACUUUGGCGUAAUCAGAGAUGGGAACAACGUGUCACUCAACGUGACAACCCCAUUAUCAGCAGACAUUUUGAUAAGACAGCAGAUCUAUCUCGUAAUAAGGGCUCAUCGGGAAUUCACAAGCGGCGCUACGGCCACUAUUGUGGUACAAUUGCCUGAAGAAAUCGGUCUCCAAUUUGAGCGAUCCAAUUAUGAAGGGAUAAUUGAGGAUAAUACUUUGGUGUUGUCUAAUUUGAUUUUAGUCCAAGGCUACGAGAGAGUUACAGUUUCUGUCACUGUUUCUAAUGAUUUUUUCUUAGCUGAAAUUCUAGGGAAUGUUAUAACACUGUCGAUGCAACCGUUAACACAAGAAAUUAUUGAUGAAAAUACGUAUCUCAACUUAGAAGUGGUUGCAAGAACAGAACGUAGUGUUGCUUCUACAGUGGUCACCCUGGAAAUAGUUAAGAAUGACACAAUUACGCCAAUAUUUCAAAGGCCAGUUUACAUUGGGUCAUACAGUACGAACAAUGUUCUUAAUUUGGAACAAAUUGAACUAAUUCAGGGAUUCGAUGAUACAGUGGAAAUAACGCUUGAUGGAGAAUAUUCUGAUCUCUUCCGACUGAAUAGGAAUGGAUAUAUAUCAACACUUUCUGUAGAUGACUCGCUACCUCUUGAAGAACUUGGUGAACAAACUAUAAUUUUAACCAUUCACGCGAGGAAAUUCAGAACUGUUGGUGCAUCAGCUUCCAUAUAUAUAACUUUACCUGAAGAAAUAAUACUUCAAUUCGAACGAGAAAAUUAUGAAGGGACUAUUACAGACAACGUAUUGGAAGUAUCGAAUAUUGUAUUAAGUCAAGGCUUUGAAAAUAACGAUGUUUCUGUCAACGUAUCAAAUGAACUCUUCUCUACAUCUAUUGAAGACAACAUUAUAACGCUAACCAUGAUGGAACUAACUAAUGAUAUUAUUUGGGAUAGCUCAUACUUAAAUUUGAUAGUGAUGGCGACAACUACUCGUAGUUGGGCUUCAACGGUUGUUACUUUGGCUAUAAUAAAAAAUGACACUGCCACGCCUCUGUUUGAAAAUGCCCUUUAUUCAGCAUCUUAUAGUGCAGAUGACGUUUUAACUAUACAACCAAUAAUUAUUAUCCAGGGUUACGAUGAUAGUGUGGAAGUAACAUUAGACGGAGAACACGCUAAUCUUUUCCAAUUAAUGAGAAAUGAAGAAUCAUCAACACUCACUGCAGAAACGAUUCCACCAAUCAUAUUCAGUGAAAGAAAUAUAGCAUUGACAGUCAUAGCAACAAAACCUCGAACAGUUGGAUCUUCAGCUGUUAUCAACAUCGCAUUACCUACAGAUAGAAUAUUGGAAUUUGGAGCAACCACCUACAGAGGAAUCUACCAAAAUGAUAAUCUAUCAGUAGAGACUUUAACUAUAAUAACAGGUUAUGAAAAUUCUGUAAAUUUCACCAUUGAUGGCGAUUACAUGGAAUAUUUUACCUUCUCAAACACUUUAAAUGAAGUGACCAUAGAGCUGUUGGAACCACUUCCGAACUCGGUCAUUUUCGAAAAUAAUUUCCUGCAGCUGACCGUUAGCGCAUCAGGGUUAAACGCCUUGAGUACUACGGCUUCUCUAGUGAUAGAAAUAAUAAAAGAUGACCUUACUACGCCACUAUUUACCCAAAAUAUUUAUUCAGGCGCCUUUACUGAUGGAAUCAUUGAAAUACAAAACAUGAGUUUGGUACAAGGGUUUGACAGCACUGUAUCUUUUCGACUAGAUGGAGAUGAUUCACAAUACUUUAGCAUCAUCGAAGAAGAGAAUGAAGUUACGUUGAUGCUAUCAAGUAUUAUACCAGAAGAUGUUAUAUUUAAUCAGAAGACUUUAGUUUUCAGUAUUUUAGCAGAAAAACCGCUUACAGUAGGAGCAAAUUCUGCCAUUGUAAUAACAUUCCCUUCAGAACUUACCGACCUGGCUGUAAUGAGAUUUUCUCAGAAUACCUACGUCGGAUCUUUGGACCACGGUGUGUUAAAUCUUCCUGAUUUAAUUCUAAAUACGGGUUACACUGAAAAUGUUCAAUUCUUUUUGACCGGAGAUCUUAGCUCUUAUUUUACACUUUCCCAUACAAAUGAGAUUGUUUCUAUAACUGCAACUAAUGUACCUGAAGAUGUCAUUCAAGAAAAUAAGUUUAUUAUAUUGGAAGUUGAAGCGCGAAGAAAUAGAGCUAUAUCUGUUUUUAGUACAAUAGUCAUUGAAUUAAUACACGAAGAUACAACUGCAACGAUCCCUGUUUUCAAUGCAGCAUAUUAUAGAGGAAGCUUUGAUUUAGAGGAAAAUCUUCAGUUUUCUGAUGAAAUGUACCUCUUGCAAGGAUACGAUGAUUCCGUCACAUUCGAACUGGAAGGAGAAUUUUCGAACUUUUUCUCGGUAACAGAUAAUAAUAACCACCUCAACUUAUCUGUCCAUGAAUUACCUGAAGACGUCUGGAAUAGUAAUCAACAAAUCAUUUUUACACUAAUCGCCAAAAAACCAGGAGAUUUGAACGGCUCGGCUGCUGUGAUCAUUGACAUGCCUAAAGAAGUUGACGAAAACUUGACCAUAUUAGGAUUCGAAAGGUCGAGUUACAUAGGAUCUAUAGAUAAUGACGUUGUUACCGUCCAGCCGAUUACACUUACGGAAGGUUACACUGAGGAUGUCAUUUUCACUAUAUUUGGAGAUCUGAGUAACUUCUUCACCUUUGCGCGUAACGGAGCAACAAUAAUCUUGCAAACGAACAGUGCUCUUCCUGAGGAGUCCAUACCUACCAAUGGAAUUAUUGUGCUCGGAGUUCAAGCUUCCACCGCCGCUGACACUUUGCCGGCUGUCACCACGGUCAUUCUCGAGGUCAUAAGAGAAACGCCGCCAGUUUCUCAAACUCUGGAGUUUGGUCAAACUUACUACGUUGGAACUUACACGGCUACAACCGACAAUAUCCUAGAGCAUCCCAUAUCAUUAUCAGAAGGAUAUGACGAAAACGUGCAGUUUACUCUCGUCGGUGACAGUUCGAUCUACUUCACAAUUACACGAGAUGGAAACUCUCUGAACUUAACUGCCAGCGAGGCGAUCCCGCCUGGAGUCAUUGCCAACAAUAACCAGUUGAUAUUCAUUAUCAACGCUCAGUCACCGAAUGGAGCCACUGCUCAGGCAACUAUAGUCAUACUGCUUCCCAAUGAGGUUGACGAAAGCUUGACCAUAUUAGGAUUCGAAAGGUCCAGUUACAUAGGGUCUAUAGAUAAUGACGUUGUUACCAUCCAGCCGAUUACACUUACGGAAGGUUACACUGAGGAUGUCAUUUUCACUAUAUUUGGAGAUCUGAGUAACUUCUUCACCUUUGCGCGUAACGGAGCAACAAUAAUCUUGCAAACGAACAGUGCUCUUCCUGAGGAGUCCAUACCUACCAAUGGAAUUAUUGUACUCGGAGUUCAAGCUUCCACCGCCGCUGACACUUUGCCGGCUGUCACCACGGUCAUUCUCGAGGUCAUAAGAGAAACGCCGCCAGUUUCUCAAACUCUGGAGUUUGGUCAAACUUACUACGUUGGAACUUACACGGCUACAACCGACAAUAUCCUAGAGCAUCCCAUAUCAUUAUCAGAAGGAUAUGACGAAAACGUACAGUUUACUCUCGUCGGUGAUAGUUCAAUUUACUUCACAAUCACACGAGAUGGAAACUCUCUGAACUUAACUGCCAGCGAGGCGAUCCCGCCUGGAGUCAUUGCCAACAAUAACCAGUUGAUAUUCAUUAUCAAUGCUCAGUCACCGAAUGGAGCCACUGCUCAGGCAACUAUAGUCAUUUUGCUUCCCAAUGAGGUUGACGAAAACUUGACCAUAUUAGGAUUCGAAAGAUCGAGUUACAUAGGAUCUAUAGAUAAUGACGUUGUUACCAUCCAGCCGAUUACACUUACGGAAGGUUACACGGAGGAUGUCAUUUUCACUAUAUUUGGAGAUCUGAGUAACUUCUUCACCUUUGCGCGUAACGGAGCAACAAUAAUCUUGCAAACGAACAGUGCUCUUCCUGAGGAGUCCAUACCUACCAAUGGAAUUAUUGUGCUCGGAGUUCAAGCUUCCACCGCCGCUGACACUUUGCCGGCUGUCACCACGGUCAUUCUCGAGGUCAUAAGAGAAACGCCGCCAGUUUCUCAAACUCUGGAGUUUGGUCAAACUUACUACGUUGGAACUUACACGGCUACAACCGACAAUAUCCUAGAGCAUCCCAUAUCAUUAUCAGAAGGAUAUGACGAAAACGUACAGUUUACUCUCGUCGGUGAUAGUUCAAUUUACUUCACAAUCACACGAGAUGGAAACUCUCUGAACUUAACUGCCAGCGAGGCGAUCCCGCCUGGAGUCAUUGCCAACAAUAACCAGUUGAUAUUCAUUAUCAACGCUCAGUCACCGAAUGGAGCCACUGCUCAGGCAACUAUAGUCAUUCUGCUUCCCAAUGAGGUUGACGAAAACUUGACCAUAUUAGGAUUCGAAAGGUCGAGUUACAUAGGGUCUAUAGAUAAUGACGUUGUUACCAUCCAGCCGAUUACACUUACGGAAGGUUACACUGAGGAUGUCAUUUUCACUAUAUUUGGAGAUCUGAGUAACUUCUUCACCUUUGCGCGUAACGGAGCAACAAUAAUCUUGCAAACGAACAGUGCUCUUCCUGAGGAGUCCAUACCUACCAAUGGAAUUAUUGUGCUCGGAGUUCAAGCUUCCACCGCCGCUGACACUUUGCCGGCUGUCACCACGGUCAUUCUCGAGGUCAUAAGAGAAACGCCGCCAGUUUCUCAAACUCUGGAGUUUGGUCAAACUUACUACGUUGGAACUUACACGGCUACAACCGACAAUAUCCUAGAGCAUCCCAUAUCAUUAUCAGAAGGAUAUGACGAAAACGUACAAUUUACUCUCGUCGGUGAUAGUUCGAUCUACUUCACAAUUACACGAGAUGGAAACUCUCUGAACUUAACUGCCAGCGAGGCGAUCCCGCCUGGAGUCAUUGCCAACAAUAACCAGUUGAUAUUCAUUAUCAACGCUCAGUCACCGAAUGGAGCCACUGCUCAGGCAACUAUAGUCAUUCUGCUUCCCAAUGAGGUUGACGAAAACUUGACCAUAUUAGGAUUCGAAAGGUCGAGUUACAUAGGAUCUAUAGAUAAUGACGUUGUUACCGUCCAGCCGAUUACACUUACGGAAGGUUACACUGAGGAUGUCAUUUUCACUAUAUUUGGAGAUCUGAGUAACUUCUUCACCUUUGCGCGUAACGGAGCAACAAUAAUCUUGCAAACGAACAGUGCUCUUCCUGAGGAGUCCAUACCUACCAAUGGAAUUAUUGUACUCGGAGUUCAAGCUUCCACCGCCGCUGACACUUUGCCGGCUGUCACCACGGUCAUUCUCGAGGUCAUAAGAGAAACGCCGCCAGUUUCUCAAACUCUGGAGUUUGGUCAAACUUACUACGUUGGAACUUACACGGCUACAACCGACAAUAUCCUAGAGCAUCCCAUAUCAUUAUCAGAAGGAUAUGACGAAAACGUGCAGUUUACUCUUGUCGGUGACAGUUCGAUCUACUUCACAAUUACACGAGAUGGGAACUCUCUGAACUUAACUGCCAGCGAGGCGAUCCCGCCUGGAGUCAUUGCCAACAAUAACCAGUUGAUAUUCAUUAUCAACGCUCAGUCACCGAAUGGAGCCACUGCUCAGGCAACUAUAGUCAUUCUGCUUCCCAAUGAGGUUGACGAAAACUUGACCAUAUUAGGAUUCGAAAGGUCGAGUUACAUAGGAUCUAUAGAUAAUGACGUUGUUACCGUCCAGCCGAUUACACUUACGGAAGGUUACACUGAGGAUGUCAUUUUCACUAUAUUUGGAGAUCUGAGUAACUUCUUCACCUUUGCGCGUAACGGAGCAACAAUAAUCUUGCAAACGAACAGUGCUCUUCCUGAGGAGUCCAUACCUACCAAUGGAAUUAUUGUACUCGGAGUUCAAGCUUCCACCGCCGCUGACACUUUGCCGGCUGUCACCACGGUCAUUCUCGAGGUCAUAAGAGAAACGCCGCCAGUUUCUCAAACUCUGGAGUUUGGUCAAACUUACUACGUUGGAACUUACACGGCUACAACCGACAAUAUCCUAGAGCAUCCCAUAUCAUUAUCAGAAGGAUAUGACGAAAACGUGCAGUUUACUCUUGUCGGUGACAGUUCGAUCUACUUCACAAUUACACGAGAUGGAAACUCUCUGAACUUAACUGCCAGCGAGGCGAUCCCGCCUGGAGUCAUUGCCAACAAUAACCAGUUGAUAUUCAUUAUCAACGCUCAGUCACCGAAUGGAGCCACUGCUCAGGCAACUAUAGUCAUACUGCUUCCCAAUGAGGUUGACGAAAGCUUGACCAUAUUAGGAUUCGAAAGGUCCAGUUACAUAGGGUCUAUAGAUAAUGACGUUGUUACCAUCCAGCCGAUUACACUUACGGAAGGUUACACUGAGGAUGUCAUUUUCACUAUAUUUGGAGAUCUGAGUAACUUCUUCACCUUUGCGCGUAACGGAGCAACAAUAAUCUUGCAAACGAACAGUGCUCUUCCUGAGGAGUCUAUACCUACCAAUGGACUUAUUGUACUCGGAGUUCAAGCUUCCACCGCCGCUGACACUUUGCCGGCUGUCACCACGGUUAUUCUCGAGGUCAUAAGAGAAACGCCGCCAGUUUCUCAAACUCUGGAGUUUGGUCAAACAUACUACGUUGGAACUUACACGGCUACAACCGACAAUAUCCUAGAGCAUCCCAUAUCAUUAUCAGAAGGAUAUGACGAAAACGUACAAUUUACUCUCGUCGGUGAUAGUUCGAUCUACUUCACAAUUACACAAGAUGGAAACUCUCUGAACUUAACUGCCAGCGAGGCGAUCCCGCCUGGAGUCAUUGCCAACAAUAACCAGUUGAUAUUCAUUAUCAAUGCUCAGUCACCGAAUGGAGCCACUGCUCAGGCAACUAUAGUCAUUUUGCUUCCCAAUGAGGUUGACGAAAACUUGACCAUAUUAGGAUUCGAAAGAUCGAGUUACAUAGGGUCUAUAGAUAAUGACGUUGUUACCAUCCAGCCGAUUACACUUACGGAAGGUUACACGGAGGAUGUCAUUUUCACUAUAUUUGGAGAUCUGAGUAACUUCUUCACCUUUGCGCGUAACGGAGCAACAAUAAUCUUGCAAACGAACAGUGCUCUUCCUGAGGAGUCCAUACCUACCAAUGGAAUUAUUGUGCUCGGAGUUCAAGCUUCCACCGCCGCUGACACUUUGCCGGCUGUCACCACGGUCAUUCUCGAGGUCAUAAGAGAAACGCCGCCAGUUUCUCAAACUCUGGAGUUUGGUCAAACUUACUACGUUGGAACUUACACGGCUACAACCGACAAUAUCCUAGAGCAUCCCAUAUCAUUAUCAGAAGGAUAUGACGAAAACGUACAGUUUACUCUCGUCGGUGAUAGUUCAAUUUACUUCACAAUCACACGAGAUGGAAACUCUCUGAACUUAACUGCCAGCGAGGCGAUCCCGCCUGGAGUCAUUGCCAACAAUAACCAGUUGAUAUUCAUUAUCAAUGCUCAGUCACCGAAUGGAGCCACUGCUCAGGCAACUAUAGUCAUUUUGCUUCCCAAUGAGGUUGACGAAAACUUGACCAUAUUAGGAUUCGAAAGAUCGAGUUACAUAGGGUCUAUAGAUAAUGACGUUGUUACCAUCCAGCCGAUUACACUUACGGAAGGUUACACGGAGGAUGUCAUUUUCACUAUAUUUGGAGAUCUGAGUAACUUCUUCACCUUUGCGCGUAACGGAGCAACAAUAAUCUUGCAAACGAACAGUGCUCUUCCUGAGGAGUCCAUACCUACCAAUGGAAUUAUUGUGCUCGGAGUUCAAGCUUCCACCGCCGCUGACACUUUGCCGGCUGUCACCACGGUCAUUCUCGAGGUCAUAAGAGAAACGCCGCCAGUUUCUCAAACUCUGGAGUUUGGUCAAACUUACUACGUUGGAACUUACACGGCUACAACCGACAAUAUCCUAGAGCAUCCCAUAUCAUUAUCAGAAGGAUAUGACGAAAACGUACAGUUUACUCUCGUCGGUGAUAGUUCAAUUUACUUCACAAUCACACGAGAUGGAAACUCUCUGAACUUAACUGCCAGCGAGGCGAUCCCGCCUGGAGUCAUUGCCAACAAUAACCAGUUGAUAUUCAUUAUCAACGCUCAGUCACCGAAUGGAGCCACUGCUCAGGCAACUAUAGUCAUUCUGCUUCCCAAUGAGGUUGACGAAAACUUGACCAUAUUAGGAUUCGAAAGGUCGAGUUACAUAGGGUCUAUAGAUAAUGACGUUGUUACCAUCCAGCCGAUUACACUUACGGAAGGUUACACUGAGGAUGUCAUUUUCACUAUAUUUGGAGAUCUGAGUAACUUCUUCACCUUUGCGCGUAACGGAGCAACAAUAAUCUUGCAAACGAACAGUGCUCUUCCUGAGGAGUCCAUACCUACCAAUGGAAUUAUUGUGCUCGGAGUUCAAGCUUCCACCGCCGCUGACACUUUGCCGGCUGUCACCACGGUCAUUCUCGAGGUCAUAAGAGAAACGCCGCCAGUUUCUCAAACUCUGGAGUUUGGUCAAACUUACUACGUUGGAACUUACACGGCUACAACCGACAAUAUCCUAGAGCAUCCCAUGUCAUUAUCAGAAGGAUAUGACGAAAACGUACAGUUUACUCUCGUCGGUGAUAGUUCGAUUUACUUCAUAAUCACACGAGAUGGAAACUCUCUGAACUUAACUGCCCGCGAGGCGAUCCCGCCUGGAGUCAUUGCCAACAAUAACCAGUUGAUAUUCAUUAUCAACGCUCAGUCACCGAAUGGAGCCACUGCUCAGGCAACUAUAGUCAUUCUGCUUCCCAAUGAGGUUGACGAAAACUUGACCAUAUUAGGAUUCGAAAGGUCGAGUUACAUAGGGUCUAUAGAUAAUGACGUUGUUACCAUCCAGCCGAUUACACUUACGGAAGGUUACACUGAGGAUGUCAUUUUCACUAUAUUUGGAGAUCUGAGUAACUUCUUCACCUUUGCGCGUAACGGAGCAACAAUAAUCUUGCAAACGAACAGUGCUCUUCCUGAGGAGUCCAUACCUACCAAUGGAAUUAUUGUGCUCGGAGUUCAAGCUUCCACCGCCGCUGACACUUUGCCGGCUGUCACCACGGUUAUUCUCGAGGUCAUAAGAGAAACGCCGCCAGUUUCUCAAACUCUGGAGUUUGGUCAAACUUACUACGUUGGAACUUACACGGCUACAACCGACAAUAUCCUAGAGCAUCCCAUAUCAUUAUCAGAAGGAUAUGACGAAAACGUACAGUUUACUCUCGUCGGUGAUAGUUCGAUCUACUUCACAAUUACACGAGAUGGGAACUCUCUGAACUUAACUGCCAGCCAGGCGAUCCCGCCUGGAGUCAUUACCAACAAUAACCAGUUGAUAUUCAUUAUCAAUGCUCAGUCACCGAAUGGAGCCACUGCUCAGGCAACUAUAGUCAUUCUGCUUCCCAAUGAGGUUGACGAAAACUUGACCAUAUUAGGAUUCGAAAGGUCGAGUUACAUAGGGUCUAUAGAUAAUGACGUUGUUACCGUCCAGCCGAUUACACUUACGGAAGGUUACACUGAGGAUGUCAUUUUCACUAUAUUUGGAGAUCUGAGUAACUUCUUCACCUUUGCGCGUAACGGAGCAACAAUAAUCUUGCAAACGAACAGUGCUCUUCCUGAGGAGUCCAUACCUACCAAUGGAAUUAUUGUGCUCGGAGUUCAAGCUUCCACCGCCGCUGACACUUUGCCGGCUGUCACCACGGUCAUUCUCGAGGUCAUAAGAGAAACGCCGCCAGUUUCUCAAACUCUGGAGUUUGGUCAAACUUACUACGUUGGAACUUACACGGCUACAACCGACAAUAUUCUAGAUCAACCCAUAUCAUUAUCAGAAGGAUAUGACGAAAACGUACAGUUUACUCUCGUCGGUGAUAGUUCGAUCUACUUCACAAUCACACGAGAUGGAAACUCUCUGAACUUAACUGCCAGCGAGGCGAUCCCGCCUGGAGUCAUUGCCAACAACAACCAGUUGAUAUUCAUUAUCAACGCUCAGUCACCGAAUGGAGCGAGUGCUCAGGCAACUAUAGUCAUAUUGCUUCCCAAUGAGGUUGACGAAAACUUGACCAUAUUAGGAUUCGAAAGAUAUAGUUACAUAGGGUCUAUAGAUAAUGACGUUGUUACCGUCCAGCCGAUUACACUUACGGAAGGUUACACUGAGGAUGUCAUUUUCACUAUAUUUGGAGAUCUGAGUAACUUCUUCACCUUUGCGCGUAACGGAGCAACAAUAAUCUUGCAAACGAACAGUGCUCUUCCUGAGGAGUCCAUACCUACCAAUGGAAUUAUUGUGCUCGGAGUUCAAGCUUCCACCGCCGCUGACACUUUGCCGGCUGUCACCACGGUCAUUCUCGAGGUCAUAAGAGAAACGCCGCCAGUUUCUCAAACUCUGGAGUUUGGUCAAACUUACUACGUUGGAACUUACACGGCUACAACCGACAAUAUUCUAGAUCAUCCCAUAUCAUUAUCAGAAGGAUAUGACGAAAACGUACAGUUUACUCUCGUCGGUGAUAGUUCGAUUUACUUCACAAUCACACGAGAUGGAAACUCUCUGAACUUAACUGCCAGCGAGGCGAUCCCGCCUGGAGUCAUUGCCAACAAUAACCAGUUGAUAUUCAUUAUCAACGCUCAGUCACCGAAUGGAGCCACUGCUCAGGCAACUAUAGUCAUACUGAUUCCCAAUGAGGUUGACGAAUACUUGACCAUAUUAGGAUUCGAAAGAUCGAGUUACAUAGGAUCUAUAGAUAAUGACGUUGUUACCAUCCAGCCGAUUACACUUACGGAAGGUUACACUGAGGAUGUCAUUUUCACUAUAUUUGGAGAUCUGAGUAACUUCUUCACCUUUGCGCGUAACGGAGCAACAAUAAUCUUGCAAACGAACAGCGCUCUUCCUGAGGAGUCCAUACCUACCAAUGGAAUUAUUGUACUCGGCGUUCAAGCUUCCACCGCCGCUGACACUUUGCCGGCUGUCACCACGGUCAUUCUCGAGGUCAUUAGAGAAACGCCGCCAGUUUCUCAAACUCUGGAGUUUGGUCAAACUUACUACGUAGGAACUUACACGGCUACAACCGACAAUAUCCUAGAGCAUCCCAUAUCAUUAUCAGAAGGAUAUGACGAAAACGUACAGUUUACUCUCGUCGGUGACAGUUCGAUCUACUUCACAAUCACACGAGAUGGAAACUCUUUGAACUUAACUGCCAGUGAGGCGAUCCCGCCUGGAGUCAUUGCCAACAAUAACCAGUUGAUAUUCAUUAUCAACGCUCAGUCACCGAAUGGAGCCACUGCUCAGGCAACUAUAGUCAUACUGCUUCCUAAUGAGGUUGACGAAAACUUGACCAUAUUAGGAUUCGAUAGAUCGAGUUACAUAGGGUCUAUAGAUAAUGACGUUGUUACCAUCCAGCCUAUUACUCUUAUAGAAGGUUACACUGAGGAUGUAGAUUUUAUCUUAUUUGGAGAAUUGCAAAGCUUCUUUGACCUUUCGCGGAAUGGAGCAACAGUCAGCUUAUAUUUACUUUCUCAUAUUCCCGAAGAUAUGGCACCAGUGAAUGGAAUCAUUAUCCUGGAAAUACAUGCUUCCAAAGUGAAUGCAAUACCUGCAGCAGCAACAAUUGUGAUCGAAAUAGAGCGCUCGGGAGCCUCUAUGGUGACUUUCAGCAAAGUUCUUUACGAAGGCAUAAUGCAAGCUGGUACAGUUCAGCACGAAUCAAUUACUAUUACUGGCUACGAUGCAACGAUAGUCGUAAUAAAAGGCGAUUAUGCAGAACUGUUCACGGCCAGCUUGUCCGAGGGGUUGGUGACUGUACAACAGACAGGGUCAGUGACCUUGCCUAUCGACAUCACUCAUGUUGCGUUGGAAAUUCACAUAGAAAACGCGGCCGCUGUGUUGUUAUUACAAGUAUUGCACACAGACACUCCGAUACCUCCGCCAACAGUCACAUUCACUUCAUCAAGUUACGUGCUGAGGGCAGAAGUUCUUCAAACGGGAGUCAUAGGGAGAGUGACUGCUUUCGCAGACAACGGAGAGUCACUCAUAUACUCAGCAGCUGUAGACGACUCACACCUAGCAGCCCGGAUAGCUGUAAACAGUGACGGGGAACUGUUGGUAUCUUCACCAGUCAACGUCGGAGAAUACACCUUCCAAGUGGUUGCCACGACACUCAUCACGCAAGCUAUCGGCGAAGCAACGGUGUAUUUGACCGUAGAUGAAACUAGCAUCAUUUUUCCACCACUGAUAGUGCUAGAUCGAGAUGAAGAAGAGGCAUAUGAGAAUCUUGUAGUUUUUAAUGCCUCUGAAUACGCAAACUGUUCAUACACACUUACAAACAGGUUCCCUACCAAUCAGGAUUGGUUAUACAUUGAUGGUACCGGAUUACAUGCGAGAUCAAUUGAUAGAGAAGACCCUUCAAUAGCUUUUAUGGCUCUGUCCCAGAUUCAAGUUGAAAUAGAAGUACAUUGUGCUAGUUUAACUCGUAACAAGAGAUCAGUCUCAGAGUCAAGGUUAGACUGGCUUGGUCCAUAUGACUAUGGAACCAGUACUUGGAUUCUUGGCGAAUCUAUAGCGCAUAAUCCAAGGAGAAGCGUCGUGAACCUGAUUGUGAACGAUAUCAAUGACAACUCCCCAAUAUUUAUAGAAAGAGAUAAUGAACCUGUUGCCGUUGGAUACCCAGUUCCGGAACUAGAAGAUAUUGUUUUGCCACGUGCUUUGGCUCAAUUACAGGCAACUGACGCUGAUGUUGGUGAGAAUGCUGCUCUAAUAUACUGGAGUGCAGAACCAGUGUUAGCUGUGUCCCCUACUUCAGGAUCUGUCCACGUUCAGGAUGAUUCCACACUGGAGGAAGGUCAAAUGCUCGUUGUGCAUGCCACUGAUCGAAAUGGAGCUGGACUCAGUGGCGCAAUAACACUGAUGGUAAAAUUGUUAAAUGUAUCUAACAUAGCUGUGAUUACCAUUAGGGAUGCUUUCCUAGAAGACGAGCCAAGAAUUAUAGCAAAUUUGAGUGAUUCAGUGGGGUACAAUGUAAGAGUAUUAAGAGCAGUAGUUAUAUCAGAUGAAACUGAGAGAAUUGAAGAAAAUUUGAGCAUGAGAAAGAAACGACAAACCGUUGGUGGAGCUACACUAGAAUUAUUUGUCUAUGGAUUGAUAGAACGAGAACCGGUAGCAGCAGAUUUACUUAUUGAAGCCAUAAAUAACAACGCAGCAGGAGCGGUUAGCAUAGCGGACAGUAUAUCACUCGAAGAUCAUCUCGACGCUCGGCAGAUACACUCAUCGGAACGUGAUGUAGGCUUGUUAGUGGCUACAAUAGUGCUCAGUGUCCUGCUCUUCAUCCUGAUUGUAGCCAUUCUUAUAUGGUUCUUCCUUAAAUGGAGAAAAGGAAGAAAAUACGAAGAAUUCAGUGACGAGAACAGCUUGGAAUCGCGGAAUGAGUCAAUCGUGCAACCACCGAAGGUCGAUGUUCGGCCGAAACCGAGAAUAAAUAUAGAUGAAUUGAAACGAAGCGAGAGAAGACUGCAAGAGAUGAUUGACGCUCCGUACAAUGAAGUUGCUUUUCCAACAACUUCCACGAAAGAAGCACCAGUCGAAUCUGUAGUAGAUAUUAGCCAAACUGAUUCUAACGUUAUAAUGCCAAUUGUGAUAAAAGAUAAAUUAAAGGAUGCAGAUGAAGACUUAUCUGAUGUAGAUGAGUUCGGUGAAGUAAAACGUCCUAGGAGAAAAUCAGUGGUAACUUUUAACGAAAAUGUCGAAAAAAUUAUUCACGUUGACGACAGCGUUGAAGGAAGCUCAACAACAUCAGAUGUUGAAAUAUUUAGAUUUUAAAAUAUUUUCUGAUGCUUAAUGUAAAUUAACACUAAUGUAAAAAAAGACUGUACAGUAAAUUAUAUUUUUGUUUGUAUUUAUUGAAA